AUUGCUCUUCGCAGCGGCCGCAGCUGCUGGCUCCCUCUCCGCUCCUAGCUCAGAAGUAGCGGGAGCGCGCAGGCGCGGCUAGCGGCUCGGCUAUCGCGUAGUAGCGGAGUGGGGCUCACGUUGAGUGCGGCAGCGGUGCGGGACUCCUUGGAAAGACAUUCAUGGUUGAAUACCCAUGCCUAACAGAAUUGAUGGUGGUGUGUUUUUCAACUGAACUGUCUGGAGUAGGGCCUGGUCACACAGUCUUUAGACAGCAUUCUGAUACUGCUUCUCAGAGAAGAGCCUCAACUUUGCUAGAACCAUCAUUCAAGACCUGUGAGAAGGUACAAGAGAAAAAUGGGAAGGGUUUUCCUCACCGGAGAAAAAGCCAACUCUGUACUAAAACGCUACCCAAGAGCAAAUGGGCUUUUUGAAGAAAUAAGACAGGGCAACAUUGAGCGUGAGUGCAGAGAAGAAGUCUGUACAUAUGAAGAAGUCAGAGAGGCUUUUGAAGAUCAUGAAAAAACUUUUGCACUUCUUCCCAAAUAAUCUGCUCUUGCCAUGGUAAGUAGUAACUUCACCCACAUACUUGUUGCCUCUUUACAUCAAAACCAUUUAUUAUGGUUUGAUUACUAAGUGACCCUACAGGCUCAUGUACUGAAAGUUUAGUUUCCACCUACUAGGAAUUUUAGAAGGUAGGGCCUCAUGAGACAAAGCAGGUCACUGCGGGUAUAUCUUUGAAAGGUAUCUUCCUUCUGCUUCUUCCUGUCUGUCUGUGAGGUGAGGAGACUGCCACAUUUUGCUGUACCAUGCUUGCCUCAGACUCAAAGCAGUAUAUCCUACCAGCCAUACUUUGAGACCUCUUAAGCAAUAAGCAAAAUUUAAUCCCCUUCCUUUAAGGUAUUUUCCCGAGCAACAGAAUGUAUAAGGUAUAUAUUACUACUACCAUAUUUGAAAAUUUUAUACAAUGUUGUCAUAUUCUCUCUCUUCCCAAAUUUUUCCAAGAUCCACCUCCACUUCUCUGAGCACUCAAGUUUUUUCCUAUUUAUUUAUGGAUUGAUUUGGUUAUUUUGUAGGAAGAGGGAGGGGCACAUGCCAGUAGGUCAGAGGACAAUUGCACAUAUUAGCUUUCUCUUUCCAUCAUGUGAGUUCUAAGGCUUGAAUGCAGGCUUGGUGGCUGUUACUUUUACCAACUUAGUCAUCUAGCUGAUAUCUGCAUAAUUUUUAAAAUGACAGGCUGGAAUGACAUUUUAACUUUUCUUCACUAUGCAUUGUGAUUCAUACAUAUAGAAGCAAUACUCAGGAGGUGAGUAAGAUUGUGAAUUAAUCCUAGACUAUGUAGUGAGUUCUAGGCUAGUCUGGCACUACUAGUAAGAACAAUUCUCCAAAGCAAAACAAAGCAACACCCAUCUCUUCUCCGUGAAGGCUUCAUACCUCCUCCUGUAAAAGCCAAAGAAUUCAGAAUCGCCUAUAAGAUACAGUUGUUUUCACCCUACACUAGUACUUCCCUAGAGAAGAAAUUUCGCAUCCGCCAUGAAUUCAUCCCCUUAGUGAUUAUAUAGUAGCUUCCUUCUGCUUCCUUACAGUUAAUACAAAGCAAGUGCCCUGUCUUGGAUUUUUGACACUUGUUCUUUUCCCUUGCAAAUGGAUAUGUCUGAGGUCAUUGUGAAGCUUCACUUUCUCAGUAAGGAAGUGUUCUAUCUCCUGUGAUUUCUCCCCCAGCACUUAUCAUCAUCCUACAUUGAUUUUUUUAUUAUUAUUCAUUAGUUGUUCACUUUCUUCCAAUGACAGAAUUAUUUCUCAUUUGUUUGGUUCAU